GAACACAACACCGCUGACACUUGUCUCCAACUACACAAAAUGGCUUCUAAAUACAUCACASAAAUUGCUAUCUCCACUACCCCUGAAAGGGACCAACAGCUUCAUGACGAAGACUUUAACAAGAUGGAUGUCAACCUCAACAAAGGCACUUCAUCCACCACCAGAGUUUACAUCUGGUUCAAAAAGGGCAAUGGUAAACCCAUCACCAGAGUCCAGUUUUCAUUCUCUGGUGCAAUGAAAGAGGACCUGAAAAAAGCAGGGUUCACUGAGCUCCCAGAAAACCUCAACUCUGGAACACAAGGAGACGUCAUCCAGCUGUGGUACUUUAGAGGUGAAAGCCCUAAGUAUGACAUUCCCAUUGAAGGUCUCUUCCUCACCACUAACGAGAACGAAGAGGCCCACCAAUUGAAGCUCGGCUGGGAAAGGCUACCAUGCAGUCUGAACCGCGGUAACCKAGGUGCUUUCAUCACCCUCUGGUUGAAGAGAAAGAGUCAGACCUACAUCUGUGACGUUGCUGCCACCACUUCAUUCCACGAACACAUSAACCUUUUCAAAGAGGGCUACAUCCGGCUGGAUGAAGAUCUCAAUAGAGGUUCUGGAGGAAAACCCAUCUUCUUCUGGUACCGUCAAUCCACCUCAACGGGCGGAGGGAUCACUGAGAUGAAUGCAUCCAUCAAACAUGAACAGGAUUCCAUCCUAGAGAAGCGUGGUUUCACCAUGAUGGAUGUUAACCUCAAUGCGGGAACAAACGGUCUGUCAGUGUAUGUCUGGAUCAAGAAAGAUGGAUCUCUCCCUAUCAAGGCCUUGACCGUUACAUCCAACCCUGAUGUAAUUGGUCCUUAUGACGAGGUCGGCUUGAUCCUCAUCGAUAAAAAUCUGAAUGCCGGCAACAAUGGUAUGCCCCUCUACCUCUGGUAUGGCAAAUAAAACCCUGAGUUGGAGAGGCAGAAUCAGCCCACAAUUGUGCCAGAUAUUAGCUUUUGCAUGGCAAUUUAUCUGUUUGAUUUUCAUAAAGUCACGGUCAGAGAUAAUUUAGAAAUGUUUUCUUUAAUGUUGUUUUCAAUCAAUUAACAAUUGAAUUAUCAAAAUUAUAUUUUAGCAGCAGGUUCAUUUCUUCUGAAUAUARCAAGGGGUUGUAAGGUUUUAUAUUACAUUGUGUUAGUCAGAUAUUAUUUUGAAGUAAAAAGUAAUACAAUUAAAAUGAUUCCUGUGUAACACUGAGCAUUCUGUUAAUCAAUAAAGAAAGCAUAUCAAAUGAGAACAUUGUACCUUUUAAUUCAUUGAAUGCUUGACCUUAUCACAAAGGCCUGAUAGCACCUACUGUACAUGAUCAUUUAUAUUAUAAUGACCAGGAAUGGGAGAGGACAAAGCUCACAGARUCACAUUAAGGUGGAUAAUGUAAUGAUCUGAUAACACCUACUGUACAUUACAGUUUAUAUUAUAAUGACCAGGAAUGGGAGAGGACAAAGCUCACAGAUUCAUACUAAGGUGGAUAAUGUAAUGAUCUGAUAACACCUACUGUACAUUACAGUUUAUAUUAUAAUGACUAGGAAUGGGAGAGUACAAAGCUCACAGAUUCAUACUAAGGUGGAUAAUGUAAUGAUCUGAUAAAUAACAUACCUAAAGCUUUGUUUCACUGAUAACUCACAUUUGACAACGUCUGGGUGUCUUGCAGAUUGUAGGAUAUGUUUUCUUUGACUUGAUCAUCCAGUCUUCUAGAUAUCUAUAUGAUUUGUUUUGGGUCUCAAUGCAAUAUUUCCAUGGUGCAAAACAGCACAGAUUAUAAGAACAAUUAAAAUACAAUCAGCGUGAUUUACUAUGAAACGUUUUUCAACAAUGUGCGUUAA